AUGUGACACUGGAGAUGGUGAUGGCCACACUGCCCAACUUUCAUCAGGCUUCUCUCCAGAUGUCCCUGACCUGGCAACUGGGCAGACGUCAGCCCCUUAGUGUGGCUCUGGGCCAGCAUGAGGAGGAGUAUUUUUCAGGCCCUGAGCCCAAGGCUGUGCUGAAGAAGUUCAGGGAGGAGCUGGCUGCCCUGGAUAAGGAAAUUGAGAUCCGGAAUGCAAACCUCUAUAUGCCCUACGAGUACUUGCGACCCAGCAGAGUGGAAAACAGUGUGGCCAUAUGAGCACACCCGGCCUGUGGUUGUCUCAGCAUCUCUUCCCCCAACCCACAGCCCCAUCCCUUAGAGCUUUCAGUCUUCCUCUCCCCAGCCAGGCCCCUUUCUCUCUCCACCCUCCAUAGAGAGUCCCUUUUGCUUUGUAUGUGUCCACAGUGAACACAUUGCACUCUAGAUGCACCACCUAGGGGCCUCAUUUUCUCCUUAUUCCUCCCACUUUUCCUAUUGUCCUCCCUUCCUCCCUCAUCACUGGGUUCUCCCAAAGGGCAGAUAGUAGUCACACUUAUAUAAACGGUUUCACUGGACUAGGGCAAUAAUACAUAUUACUCCACAUGUUUACAAUUUUGAGUUUAACAAUAAAAAAAGAUAUUUUAAACUAAUGAAAGAAACGAAAUUAGAUAAAACUAUCCUAAAUCAAACACUGGCCAAAGAAUAUACAGUACGUCUUUUUAACUCAGUGGGAUUUAACACGUCCUGAAGCCAGACACAACACAGGGCAGACCAUGGACACGGCAAUUCUCAAGAUUUUCACUUUGUGGCUCACUUAGAAAACGACACGUGGAAGUAAAGUGGUUAAACCCAAGAAGCUGCUCCCAGCUGGAGGGAUUUGGCCUUGGGCCUUCAGUCUGAGGGGUCCAUACUUAUAACCCAUUUGCAGUUCACCAGCCUGGAGGCUCCAAAUAAAAGUAAUGAACUGG